GCGACGGUCUGCGAUUGCGCGCAGUGCGAAACAAGUUGCAGAGAUCAGAGAUCUUAGCUGGUGAGCCGUGAGGUGUUAAGCGCCAAAGAAGGCAAAACUAAAUACUGUGCGUGUUUGUGUGUACAACUACAGUGUGUACCAUGUUCCAAUGAAAUAAAUUGCGAAGCCAAAAACAUUGACAAAAUUGAUAUACUCAAAUUUCUGCGGACAUAUUUAACGUCUUCGCUUCGUUGUGCAACUUAGCCAAAAAGGCAUUUCCAAUAAGGAGACGAACAAUAAGAAAACAAAAAGCUAAACAAUUAAUUGUUUUUUGUGUGACAUCAGAAAAGGAAACUCGACGCAGUCUGCACAACUGGACACAGACAUAGAAAAUACAUUAGACCAUCAUGUCCACCAGCACAUCAGCCUGUGAUUGUUUGGUGGGCGUGCCCACUGGCCCUACACUAGCCUCCACAUGCGGCGGAAGUGCGUUUAUGCUGUUCAUGGGCUUGCUUGAAGUAUUCAUACGCUCCCAAUGCGAUCUCGAAGAUCCCUGUGGACGCGCCAGCUCGCGGUUCCGUUCGGAACCAGAUUACGAGUACGAUUUCAUCGUUAUUGGCGGUGGUUCUGCGGGCUCUGUGGUUGCGUCGCGUCUUUCUGAGGUGCCACAGUGGAAGGUGUUGCUCAUUGAAGCCGGUGGAGACGAACCGGUGGGAGCGCAAAUUCCAUCCAUGUUUUUGAACUUCAUCGGCAGCGACAUUGACUAUCGGUUCAACACGGAGCCGGAGACAAUGGCCUGCCUUUCAUCCAUGGAGCAGCGCUGUUAUUGGCCACGUGGCAAGGUCCUGGGUGGCACCUCGGUGAUGAAUGGCAUGAUGUACAUACGUGGCAAUCGCGAAGAUUACGAUGACUGGGCAGCCCAGGGCAAUCCUGGCUGGGCCUACAACGAUGUCUUGCCAUUCUUUUUGAAAUCUGAGGACAAUCUGGAGCUGGAUGCCGUGGGCAACGAAUAUCAUGCCAAGGGUGGCCUCAUGCCCGUUGGCAAGUUCCCCUACAAUCCGCCGCUGUCGUAUGCCAUACUGAAGGCGGGCGAGGAGAUGGGUUUCUCGGUGCAGGAUCUGAAUGGACAGAAUUCCACGGGCUUCAUGAUCGCCCAGAUGACGGCACGCAAUGGCAUUCGUUACAGCUCUGCCAGAGCAUUCCUGAGACCGGCACGUAUGCGCAAUAAUUUGCAUAUUUUGUUGAACACAACGGUUACGAAAGUGCUGAUUCAUCCGCAUACGAAGAACGUGCUUGGUGUGGAGGUUAGCGAUCAAUUUGGCAGCACACGCAAGAUAAUGGCCAAGAAGGAGGUGGUCUUAAGUGCCGGCGCUGUCAACUCACCUCAGAUUCUGCUACUCAGCGGUGUCGGUCCCAAGGAUGAGUUGAAACAGGUGAACGUUCGCCCAGUUCACAACUUGCCCGGCGUGGGUAAAAACCUUCAGAAUCAUGUGGCCUUCUUCACCAACUUCUUCAUCGACGACGCUGACACGGCGCCUCUCAACUGGGCUACUGCCAUGGAAUACUUGCUAUUCCGCGAUGGCUUAAUGUCCGGCACAGGCAUCUCAGAUGUUACUGCCAAGCUCUCCUCGCGCUGGGCUCAGCGUCCAGAUGUGCCCGAUCUGCAGCUCUACUUUGGCGGCUACUUGGCCAGUUGUGCAAGGACAGGACAAGUAGGUGAACUGUUGUCCAACAACUCGCGUUCCAUUCAAAUAUUCCCGGCUGUGCUCAAUCCCAGAUCGCGUGGCUAUAUCACGCUACGCUCUGCCGAUCCUCUUGAUCCGCCACGCAUAUUCGCCAACUAUUUAACCGAUGAGCAUGAUGUCAGGACAUUGGUAGAGGGUAUCAAGUUUGCCAUUCGGCUGUCGCAGAGCUCGCCUCUCAAGCAGUAUGGCAUGCGGCUGGACAAGACCGUGGUCAAGGGCUGUGAGUCGCAGACCUUUGGCAGCGAUGCGUAUUGGGAGUGCGCAGUGCGUCAGAAUACCGGACCGGAGAAUCAUCAGGCCGGCUCCUGCAAAAUGGGACCCGCCCAGGAUCCUCUGGCCGUGGUUAAUCAUGAGCUGAGGGUGCACGGCAUUCGGGGAUUACGUGUGAUGGACACGAGCAUCAUGCCCAGGGUGACAUCGGGCAACACGCAUGCGCCAGCUGUGAUGAUUGCUGAGAAGGGCGCCUAUCUGCUGAAGCGGGCUUGGGGCGCCAAGGUCUGACGCGUGGAUGCAACGUGGACGCUGCAUAGAGUAAUUUAAUGAAAUUCUAUCAAAAAAUAUUACGAAAAAUCGCAUGGAAAAAACAAACAAAAAAAAUGCGUACAAAUUUAAGCGAAAUUAACAAUAAGGUUCCACUAAACACUAAACUAAACUAUUCUAUAAAGCAAUUAAUCUAUUGGCUAUACUAUUACACGUAUAAACUAUUUCUAUAUUAUGAUCCUCACUCUAAGCACUGACCUCGUUGCGCGAUCUAUUCUACAGUUCUCAACACACAUACACCCACACAAACACACACUUUAAGUUAACUUUACGCUAUUUUAACUAAUUUUUGUAAACGUUUUCGAUGACAAAAGACACAAUUAUGCAAAAGCACAUCCAUUGAGUUAUUUAAAUUUCGUUAAACGUUCAUUUAAAUAUUAUUAAUUUUGUAUUAUACUUAUGAAUGAGAAUAUUGCUAUCGCAUGUAUUUAUUGUUCGAUUAAAGUGCAACUAUUUAGUUUAAA